AUGGCGUGGCAGGUGAGCGUGCCCGAGCUGGAGGACCGCCUCCAGUGCCCCAUCUGCCUGGAGGUCUUCAAGGAGCCCCUGAUGCUGCAGUGCGGCCACUCCUACUGCAAGGGCUGCCUGGUGUCCCUGUCCCGCCACCUGGACUCGGAGCUGCGCUGCCCCGUGUGCCGGCAGGAGGUGGAUGGCAGCAGCUCCCCACCCAACGUCUCCCUGGCACGGGUGAUCGAAGCCCUGCAGCUCCCCGGGGACCCAGAGCCUACGGUCUGUGCACACCACCGGAACCCGCUCAGCCUCUUCUGUGAGAAGGACCAGGAGCUCAUCUGCGGCCUCUGCGGCCUGCUGGGCUCCCACCAGCAGCACCGGGUCACGCCAGUCUCCACCGUCUACAGCCGCAUGAAGGAGGAGCUUGCGGCCCUCAUCUCUGACCUGAAGCAGGAGCAGCAGAAGGUGGAUGAGCAUAUUGCCAAACUGGUGAACAACAGGACCCGGAUUGUCAAUGAGUCCGAUGUCUUCAGCUGGGUGAUUCGCCGAGAGUUCCAGGAGCUGCACCACCUGGUAGACGAGGAGAAGGCCCACUGUCUGGAGGGGGUGGAGGGUCACACCCGGGGCCUCGUGGCCUCCCUGGACAUGCAGCUGGAGCAGGCCCGGGGCACUCAGGAGCGGCUGGUCCAGACCAAGCUUGUGCUGGAGCAGUUCAGUAACGAGAGUCACCACGAGUUCAUCCGGAAGUACCACUCCAUGGUCUCCAGAGCAGAGCUCCAGCAGGCCCGGCCCUUGGAAGGCGUGUUCAGCCCCAUCUCCUUCAAGCCAGGCCUCCACCAGGCUGACAUCAAGCUGACUGUGUGGAAAAGGCUCUUCCGCAAGGUUCUGCCAGCCCCGGAGUCCCUCAAGCUGGACCCUGCCACUGCCCACCCUCUCCUGGAGCUCUCCAAGGGCAACACGGUGGUGCAGUGUGGCCUCCUGGCCCAGCGGCGUGCCAGCCAGCCUGAGCGCUUCGACUACAGUACCUGUGUCCUGGCCAGCCGGGGCUUCUCCUGCGGCCACCACUACUGGGAGGUGGUGGUGGGCAGUAAGAGUGAUUGGCGCCUGGGGGUCAUCAAGGGCACAGCCAGCCGCAAGGGCAAGCUGAGCAAGUCCCCAGAGCAUGGCAUGUGGCUCAUCGGCCUGAAGGAGGGCCGGGUGUACGAGGCCUUCGGCUGCCCACGGGUGCCCCUGCCUGUGGCUGGCCACCCCCACCGCAUUGGCAUCUACUUGCACUAUGAGCAAGGAGAGCUCACCUUCUUCGAUGCUGACCGCCCUGAUGACCUGCGGCCACUCUACACAUUCCAGGCUGACUUCCAGGGCAAGCUCUACCCCAUCCUGGACACAUGCUGGCACGAAAGGGGCAGCAACUCACUGCCCAUGGUGUUGCCCCCGCCCAGUGGGCCUGGCCACCUCACCCUCCCACAGCCCACCAAGCUGUAG